AUGGGUGGACACUCUAAGAAACACGGCAAGGGCGGCGGCGGUGGUGGCCGCAAUAAAGCGCCGGAGCUGCGAAAGAAACUCACCAAAGACCCGGGCGUGCCAGACCUGAAGAAAGUCGCCCAGAAGUUAACACGCACAGCACAGAAACGUAAUCACAGUGUUUUGAGUAUUCCCGCCCUGCGAGGGACAUCUAAUGUUCCUUCCAUAGUCUCCAAGGCACUCGCUAGGGAGUCUCUAACGCCUGAGCAAAGUGAAGAAGAACGAAGGGCAGCUGAACGACGAGCCAUGACCACACUUGCUAUUCAAUGUGCAGAGAAAGUACAUCACCACGAGACUCCACAACAAUGGAUGAAUGAGAUUAAUAAUAAUAAUAAUAGUAUUAAUGGAGAUGGUGGGGAUGAACGUCUUCAGGAAGAUGUAGAUCGUCGAGGUAUGGAUAAAUCGCUUCGUCGCUUUUAUAAAGAAUUUCAAAGAGUUGUGGAUAACAGUGAUGUACUUUUGCAAGUUGUGGAUGCUCGUGAUCCUAUGGGUUGUCGUUUAACACAACUAGAACGUACUAUCCGUUCUCAAUUUGGUGAUGAUAGAAAGAAAGUGGUUGUGGUUCUUAAUAAGGUAGAUCUUCUUCCUUCUAAAGAAGUUGUGGAUGCAUGGGUACAUUUCUUUGAAGAACAUGAAGGACUUCCAUGUAUUCCUUUUACCGCAACUGCAAAAGGAGCAAUGGGACAUGGUUAUGUUAGUAGCAUGUUUCGUCGUCUUCGUGCUUUGGCAUUAAAUGAAGAAACUGGGGCAAGAAAAGCUAUUGUGGUAGGUGUUAUUGGAUAUCCAAAUGUUGGAAAGAGUUCUGUCAUUAAUGCCUUAAAACGUAAACAUGUAGUUGGAGUUGGUAAUAUGCCUGGAUUUACAACUGGUAAUACGGAGGUGGAAUUACGUUCAGAUAUACGUGUAAUGGAUUGUCCUGGUGUUGUUUCUCCUGGUGAAGAUAAUGGCGAUGUGGUCCUUCGCAAUGCUGUAAAGGUUAGUGAUUUAUCCAAUCCUUUCACACCUGUGCAACGAUUACUACAGCGGUGUACACAGGUGGAUACGGAUGAUGAAUAUGGAAAACAACUUCUCUCUUCCGGAGCCCAUCCACUCGCUCUUUUUUAUAAUAUUGGUUCCUUUGAUCCGAAUGAUACGAUGGCCUUUAUUCGACUUGUUGGUCAACGCCGUGGACGUUUACGGCAGGGCGGCGCUGUGGAUGAAGAAGGCACCGCCCGAAUGAUCCUGCAGGAUUGGAAUGAUGGGCGGAUUACAUACUACACCCUUCCACCUACAUCAGACUUACUCGGACGAACUGCAAUGACUACAAUGGCAGAGGAGGAUGAAAUGAAUGGGGCAGCAAAUGCGGAAAAUGGAUUUUCAUGCGGGCCGCAACUCGUUACUUCUGUUACACAUGGUUUACAGUGGGAAGGACUUCCAACAUUUCAUCUCUCAUGGCUCAAAAAAGGGUAG